GUUCCACUUCCCCGCAUUAGCGCUUGGCUCCCCUGUUUUGAUUCUAACCUUGCAGGAUGGUGACAGAAAUUCAAAUUUAUUGGUAAAAUGUCAAAACGUUGGGGCAGCGACUAUGUGGUUACGGAACACCGUGAUUUACAGGCUAAUAGCAUGGCCGUGGAUUCGACUGGCAACUACGUAUUACUUGCCGGACGUAGAUGUUUCGCAGUGAAGCAUCUGGAUGAAGGUGCUGAUACUUUAAAGAAGUUCCAACGACAAAGCAAAUACGAAAUUGGCUCUACAGAAUGGAAUCCCACCAGUUUGAAUUCUCAUUUAUGUGCUGUAUCGAGCAAUACACGUAUUGAAAUAUUAUCUCUCACUGGAGGUGGAAGCUAUGAAUUACAAACAACAAACAGUCUUAAAGCACAUACACGAGUAGUGAGUGACUUAAAUUGGCAUCCCAAAGAACCAGAUAUCAUUGCUUCUUGUAGUAUUGAUACAUUUAUACAUAUUUGGGACAUAAGAGAUCAAAGAAAGCCUACUUUAUCUUUGUCUGCAGUUGCUGGUUCUUCUCAAGUACGAUGGAAUAGUUUAUCUUCCAACAUGCUAGCCACAGCACAUGAUGGUGACAUUAAAAUAUGGGAUCAAAGAAAAGGAAAUAGCCCUGUGCAGUACAUAGCUGCUCAUUUAACAAAAAUACAUGGCUUAGAUUGGUGCCCAUUCCAACAAAAUCAACUAGCGACUUCUAGUCAAGAUUGUACAGUAAAAAUUUUCGAUAUUAGUUGCCCGCGUAGAGCUGAAAGUAUCGUGACGACAAAUUCACCAGUUUGGAGAGCUAGAUAUACGCCGUUUGGAGAAGGAUUGGUAACGAUAGUGGUACCUCAAUUACGUCGAGGCGAAAAUAGUUUAUUACUAUGGAAUACGACAAAUCUUAGUGCGCCUAUAUACACCUUUGUAGGACACACUGAUGUUGUUCUCGAGUUCCAAUGGAGGCACAAAAAAUCAGAGAAUAGCGACUAUGAAUUGAUUACUUGGUCAAAAGAUCAGUGUUUAAGAAUCUAUAAAAUUGAUCCUUUUCUAAAGAAGUUGUGUGGAUAUGGCAUAGACGACGGUACAUCUAUUUACACACAAUAUUCCGAGGAUAAUAAUCUAAGAACACUACAGUCUGUUCAAAUACAACUUAACGAUGCUCAGAACGAUCGUGAAAUGAACUGUAUAACGACAAAAGUGGACGAACCUACAUUAAAUCCUGAAACAGAUACAUUCAUUGAGAAUAAUAAAGAAAUAUCGUCCCCUACGCAACCAAAGACUUUACAACAAGAAUUUUCUUUAAUAAACAUGAACAUACCAAAUAUCGAGGUUAACACCAUGGAUGCGGUGGAACGUAGUUGCACCGUAACAGCUUCCAAUAAAAUUUAUAAUGUAAUAUUGAAAGUAAAUUUUCCUGCAAAUUAUCCGUACAGCGCGCAACCUACAUUCCAAUUCUGUCCUGGAACGACAAUCGACAAUACAACAAUGGGAAAGCUGUUGAAAGUUUUGAAACAAACUGCACAGCAACGCGUUAAAAAGAAUCGAUCGUGUUUAGAACCUUGUCUGCGACAAUUAAUUGCAACUUUAGAGCAAACAUGUAAAAAAGAUGAGAGUGAGAGUAGUCAUUUAGGAUACGACAUUCAAGACAAUGCCAGUUUUUUGAGUUCCUCUAACAUAUGUACAAAUUAUCAAGAUGCCUAUAUACCGUUCCCUCGGACAUCUGGAGCAAAGUUUUGUUGCGUGGGUAUUCUUGUAUGUUUUGGUCGUGCCUCAUACACCAGAAAGUCGUCGAUGAAACCCGAGAGUACAACACCUAGAGCACUCUCCGCGUUGGGAAAUGGAAUUGGCAAUGGAGAACAUUUUAUGCACAUGUAUCCAAAUUCCUAUGUACAAUCGAACGAUAACAUUUCAAUUAGUUCCUUUUACUUUCAAGAUCGUAAAAUGAAUCGCGGAUUGCACAAUACCAACAGAAUGUCUCACAGAUCGUGUUUUAAAAAUUAUCAUUUUAUGGUAAUUACGUACGAUGCAUCUUCUUUAUUUUUCGUCAAUAAAGAGCUUGCUGAGAAAUACGUCAUCAACAUCACUGAUAUUCCAGCAAUGUGCCAAUAUAAUGCAAACGUUGCUGCACAGUUGGAACGUCCUGAUCUAGUUCAGGCAUGGUGCUUGGCCGCACUUGUGAUAUCACAACCGGUUUCCAAUGUUGGGCAAAAUACUUGCCAAUCCCCUGAUAUUGAUGCCCCGUGGCCAUUACAUCCUUUCGGUCAAAAUUUAAUCCAUUCGUUAAUACAACAUUAUGCAAAUCAGUCGGACAUUCAGAUGGCAGGCAUGCUGAGCUGUGCGUUUAGUUAUCGUUCGGAAACUUUAGAUGUUGCCCAAACACGGCUAAAUAGCAAGUCUAUUAACGUUAGUAGGCUUUCUACAGGAAAAUGGUGGUUGAAGCCAGGUGGUUCACCUUACCAUACGAUUCACCUAGCUGAUACCACGUUAGAAGGAUGGAACUUUCCAAACUUGAAACAACAUCGAUCUAAUUCUUGGUCUGAUUCGCUCGACGAUUUGAAACUUAUUCAAGACUCAUUCGGUGAUUCCGUAACAAAUAUUAGAUUACUCGAUGAAAAAUACACUACGCUUUACGAUGGAUACAAAAAGGCAUACGCUGAAGUAUUGCACAGGUGGCGUUUGUUGGAUGCUCGUGCACAAGUAUUAAAACACGUUAGCGUAACACCUCUGGAUACCCACAAAGGCGUUGAGUUCCAAAGCGAAUGCCAAAUAUGUAGCAAAGUUAGCAGAGGUCCUCAAUGUAUCAGUUGCAAACGACUGGCCUUGGAAUGUGUUAUUUGUCAUAUCUCUGUGAGAGGUCCAAGUAACUUUUGUAUAUUUUGUGGCCACGGAGGACACACACAGCACUUAGCGACAUGGUUCACAAAUGAAAUUCUAUGUCCGACAGGAUGUGGAUGUUACUGUCUGCAGGAAAGUUCUGCCCUUUUAAAAGUGUAAAUAAAAUAAAAGAGUUUGUACAUACUAGUGACAAUAUAUAUAUAUAUAUAUAUAUUUAUAAUUAAUGUUAUGACAAAAUAAUAAAUACGUUUUUCUUUAACAAGUUUCAUAUUUUCGAAGCACCAUUUCACUUACAUCUUUAUAUCUUUAUUGUCACUGGUAGGAAUAACUAGUGUUAUCACACCAACAAUUAAACGAGACCAUCUGAUUAACUAAAGUCAAAU